UGACCCCCGCGCGCUCCCGCGGGGAGCGAAGUCUCGGAAGCCGCGCCGUAGGGGACGGAGGGAUUGACUGAUCGUUGUGCGCCGCAGCUUUCGGCCGGACAACAAGGCUGGGGACACGAUGUCGGCGCUCUCCUGCCGGCUGCUGUGGGCCACCACCUGCCUGGCCGCGCUCUGCGUGCUAUCUGUGGAUACGAACACGACCCUGGUCUCGGUUGGGACGACUGUGGAGACCACCACCAAGAUAAACACCACCCUGGUGACAACCCCCGCACCGGUCACCACUCCAGUACCAGAAAUCUGUGAAGGCCAAAACAGCUGUGUUUCCUGUACUAAUAUUAGCACUGUUAAUACUACCUGCUUUUGGAUGGAAUGUAAAGAGAAGAGCUAUUGUUCACAUAAUUCAACAGUUAGUGAUUGUCAAGUGGUGAAUGCAACAGACUUUUGUUCUGCUCCUACUGUCAUUCCAGCACCAACUAAUUCUACAGCUGAAAACACAACUCUGCCUUCUUCCUCUACAACUUCCACAGUUCCUACAUCAGGUCCAACAAAUACCACGUUGACUCCAACCUCACAACCUAUUCGGAAAUCUACCUUUGAUGCAGCCAGUUUCAUUGGAGGAAUUGUCCUUGUCUUGGGUGUGCAGGCUGUAAUUUUCUUUCUGUAUAAAUUCUGCAAAUCUAAAGAACGAAAUUACCACACUCUGUAAACAGACCCUGUAAAUUAACAAGGACUGGUGAUUCAUUCAUGUAACUCAAUGAAACCAAAAUACUAUCUUUCAAGAUAUCCCACAUGGAAGACACUAUUCCAGGAUCUUUAAAUUUGCAGAGGAUGCUUAUAAGAUACUUGGGAGCAUUGUUGCUGAAGAAAAAUCAGUUAAGUCAUUUUGUUCAACAGAAAUAUUUAAAAAUUCUGCAUGAAUCCUCAUGGCUGUCUUCUUUUAUUUUAAAUGGCUGCUGCUGUGGGAUUACGUGUUUUUCUUAACAUGCCAAAUGUAACAUUCUGUAAGUGAUAGAAAAUGUUGUCUUGUGCAGACAGCGUCAUGACUCUUGGCAGUCUAAAUUUAGUCAUUUUAAAGCCUGAAAGCUGCAUUAUUUUCAUCCUAACUCAAGAUAUAAUUUAGUGAACAAAAUUGAGUGUGCCAAAUGAGUAUCAAUCAGGUGGAUUUGGCUAUUAUUUCAAAAUUGGAAUAAAUUUACAAAUUUAGCAGUACUAAACUAUACUUAGACUAAAAUUUUGUGUUUGGUAAGUUAUUUUUUCUACAUUAGAAACGUCACAUAGGGAAUUACAUUCCAGAUUUAAAGAAAUGAGUGGAAAGGAUACAAAACCAUUAAUGUGUAACAGGUUACUGUUCAUACUUGGAAAGCACCUUAUAUCAUUAAGAAAAUAAAGAUCAGUGCCUUAAAAGAGACUAAAAGGUAUGCCGUAGCUUAAUGUUUAUAAUUUGUUCUUUCACAUUAAGGAAGGUAAAGAUUGGUCUGAAGAUGUAACUGUCGAUAACAAGUAGUAGUAAACCUGCUUUGAGAUUCCGUACUGUUAAUAUUUAAUUGAAGAUUAUCUACUUUAUUUCAGAGCUGAGAAACUUAAGCUAAAGGAUACAAAAUAAGAACUUCAUAUUGAACCUCCCAACGUUUUUCUUAGGGUUGUUGGAAAGUAUAGAGAUAAAAUUGAUUACAUUUUCCUUUGUACUUCAAAAAAGUAUCAUUAACUAUAUUGUAACUUGAAAGGAUUUUCAUCAAGCUAUCUUGAAAAAUAACUUCGUUCAUGAGGUAAGAAGGAAAUAAGUUGUUGUAGGUUAAUUUACAAACUGUUCAAGUGAGACAAUCGUUUUAAGUUUUCAGACAGCAAAUAAGACCAGUGUGAUUUCAGAAAACUUAAGAAUUUUUGAUCAGAUUAUAAAUUUUUGAUGAUUGCCUUGGAUGAAUAGACUGUGCUUUCUCUUUUUCUGUCUUCGUUUUUUCUUGGUUUCAGUCCCAUAGUAUAAUAAGGCAUGCAUUCUUUCAUUUCUAUAGUUUUGUAAAGCACUAGUUUUUUGUUUGUUUGUUUUUUCCCUCAGUUUGAGAGGGUUGCUUCUCCCUUGCCUUUGACACAUUGGAUUAGUUCAGAGGCCUUAAUUAGUUUGAAAUGAGAUUUACUUUUCCAGGUCUUUGAGUUUUGUUUUUGGUUUUGUUAGAAUGUCUUUAGCCUGUAGUAGCUGAGGUUAGUACUUGGUUUUCAAUAUUUUAUAGUAGGAAGUGACAGAUGUCUUUGGUUCAUUUCAUAAAUGAUACUUUGCAUUUAAUUGAAGGUUCUUAAAAUGAACAGUUACUGUUGCUUUGUUACUUGCUAGUACAGCUAGUUUGUUUUACUUGCACACUUGUACAUAUACCUAAUAUUUUCAAGUGCCUUAAUUGUUUAAAAAUCUCUGGCUACAAAGGUUUUUGGGGAAAGAUUGGUUUACCUCACGUUUUUGUUUCCAUUCAUAGUAACAAUCUAGGGACCUCACAAAAUUUAUCAUGGUGCCAUGGCUGUUUUUAGUGAGUACUAUAAAAUUCAUUUGACAUAUACAAAAUUUCCAUUCUUCCCAAGGUGGCAAAAAUUAGCUACAAUGAUGUAAUUGUUAUUUACCUGGGUACCACACAGAGUGUCAACACAUGUAGCAAGUUUUGUGAAAAUGUAACUUGAAGUUUCUUCUAUAAUCUUGAGCACUGCUGUAACAGUAAAAGCAUAAUAUAAAAUUGGAGUUUGCAAGUUUGCAGACACGCUCUUGAAACAACUCACAGCCUUUUCACUCUUUUCCCUCUUCCUUUAGCAGGUAGUGUCUUGAGCCAUUAAUAAUUUUGGGUUUUUUUUAAAUCCAGAAGGUAUACAGAAACCUUUUCAGAUUUUUCAUCUGAUUUGUUCAUGCAGAUGUACUUCUAUCAAAUACCUUAUUUUACCUUACAGAUACUUGUUGCACAGGCAGACACUGCUGUAUUUAGAAAUUUCUAUUUUAGUUCAUUAAAAACUGCAAAACGAAUCUGUAUCAUGUACCAAACUGAUUUAAAAUAAAUUUACAUGUUAUUGAAUUAA